AUGUACAAUAUUGUGCAACCUGCAGCUGCAGUAGUACGAAUUCCAAACGAGCUUAUAGAUGACAGUAUCAUAUCUGAUCAAAUAUUUCGUACGAUGUUUUUACGAGCAUCUUUGCGUGCAAUUAAUAAUGUUACUUCCAUUAAUAGAAACUUGCACCCAAUACUCAAUUCAUCGAGAACAAGGAUAAGAAUAAUAUCAACGGGUGUAUUUGGUGACCAAUUAGAAACGCAGAAAUUAAGUAAAGAUGAAAUAAAGCUUCCUAAAUUUGAUAGGAUUGAAGUACACGACGGAUACCGAAUUGUGGCCGGAAUAGUCUUAACAAGAUCACCGGUUAUUCUCAGAGAUCCCCAUCCAUUUGAACGAGAGUAUUAUUUGUAUCAACAACGUUUAGAACAAAUACAUGCUGCCCCAUUCCCGAUAGACUUUUAUUUUAAAAAGGGCAGUGUUGCCGAAAAAAGGUGGAAGGAAAAAAGGGAAAGAGAAAGGAUCGAAACUUUAUCGUCAUUUGGAAUUAGACAAAUCGAAUUAAAACAGGAAAAUGCAGAUGAAGAAACAGGUGACGAAGAUGUUACGAUUGCUAGUAGAAUAACUCCCGCGGACGUAAAUAAUGACCAUAAAUCACUUGAUCGGGCUUUACAACGGACCUUGUAUCUUAUUGUCAAGAAGCCUAGGGACAAGCAUUCGUGGCAAUUCCCUCAGGGUGGAGUGGAAAAGCCCGAAACGUUGCUUCAGACAGCCACUAGGGAGUUAAAAGAAGAAUGUGGGGAUAACAUGGACAUUUGGUUUGUUGGAAGAAGACCUUUUGGAUAUUACGAAUACGAAUAUCCCUCAGACUUUAAAAAAGAUCAAAUGAAAUUUAAAGGCGCCAAGGUAUUUUUCAUGAAAGCUCAUAUAUUUGCGGGCCAGGUCAAAGUUGAUAAAAAAGAGAUCAUCGAUUUCGCUUGGGUUACCAAACAAGAAAUGAAAGAAUAUGUACAUGCUGAAUACUAUGAUGCAGUCAAAGACAUGCUAUCAGAACUCUGA